CCUUCUCAUGGAGGAACAUGUCCAUCUACCUACGUACAGACCAGAUCACGUGACCUUUUUGUUGCCUCGACUCUUCCUUUUCAGGCAUUUCGUGCCUGUUUACAUGGUUCCUCCUCUGGAGCUGGACAGACAGAUUCCGACACUGCAUGUUCUGCGAACACCACUGCAGCCACAUGACGGACUCGCCUCAGCUGGAAGAAUACGUGAAGCAGCGUGACCUGCUUCUCCGUCGGCGAGACGAGCUGCGCAGGAGGCGGCAGACGUCGCCUGCACAUGUCCAGCGACACAAACGCCAGAAGAUAGAGACGGUUGCACGGACCCUGGACACGUACGAGUCCUCAAAGACGCUCAUCUCCAAGUACUCCCGGCUGCCGGAGAUGGACAUGGGUCUCCGACUGCAGUACGCCCGCAUGACGUGUCCCUGGAUGUCGGUGGUGGCAGUAAAGAAGGAUCGGCUGGCGCCAGACACGGGCAACACCACGAUCCGCUGCGAAACAACACUGCGGUUCGACUCGUACGGCGACUUUGUUGUAACGCUGGAGAUUGACGCCGAAGGCGAGGACGUGCGGCGCCUCAGCAUAACCCCGUCUCCAGAUGCGGAGGAGGUCGACGAGCAGAAGGCGAUCUCCGUCCUGGUGGCGGAGUCCACGCAGACGCUGGACGUGUCGAGGCUCGUCUACGGCAUGAACACGCUGCUGCGGAUGCGACACAAGCGCAAGCGGGCGUGGAUGGCGAUCGUGGACGAGCUGGAGUUGGGCAAGGUCCGUGCGAUCAACGGCUUCGCCGUGGGGGCCACUCCCAGCCAACAGAGAGACUCGCUUGGCAGGCUCCUUUUCGACCACUCUCCUUCCUCCGUGGAGUUUGAGCUCGAGUCCGGGAAGAGCCUGCGGGUCGUCUGGCACAUCUUCUUCCGACCGGGGACACGCCACUGCGUGUCCGACUUCACAGCCAGCGUGGUCGCCGCCGCUGCCGACACGCCGCAGGACGCCGAAGGCGGCAGCAGCCGGCCCGUCGAGAACAUCACCCGACUGCUGAAAAGCCUUAUACGAGCAAACGAUAUUAAACUAGCCACACUACAGGUGCUAAACAUUCUAUAGCGUCGCCUAAAACCCAGAGGAAA